AUGUCGCAGCUUUCAAGACCCCAUCCAGCCCUCUACGGUGUCUACGUUCUCCGCUCUACCGUGCGCCAUGCCUCCAUCUACAUAGGUUCUACGCCAAACCCUCCACGACGCCUGAAGCAGCACAAUGGUGAAGCACGAGGAGGCGCUGUGCGGACGGCGCGGGAGAAGCUACGGCCAUGGGAGGUCAUGAUCUUGGUUACUGGAUUUCCCAGCUCGAUUGCUGCCCUUAAAUUUGAGUGGGCAAUGACAAACCCACAUUUGACGACACACAUUUCGGCAGAAGAGCGACUGACAAAAGCCGCCGAGAAACGAAAGGGAAUGAAAAAGCCGCGAAAACCUAUCCAUACCCUCACUUCUGUUGUUUCAAAUCUUCACUUGCUCACUAAUGUCCCAAGCUUUGCCCGUUGGCCAUUGACAGUGCACUUCUUUGCCAGCGAGCCCAAGAAGGCUUGGGACAAGUGGCUUCAGUCGAUUGACGCAGUGCCAAGACAAGGCAUGAAUGUUUUCACAGAUUUCGGACCGUCCAAGGAGACUCAGAGGGAAUCGUCACCUGCGCCGUGGGGCAUUUACGCCUUACCCCUGGAUUAUGCACCUAUGAAGGGGUACAUUGAAAAGGCACACAACGUCGUCUCUUUUGAGCGAGAAGGAAAAUGCGUGCAUUGCCAUGAAGAGUUGGAAUCGGGAAAAGGACUUCAUCCGAUGUGUCCAAACGGUAGAUGCGAAGCAAUGGGCCAUCUCGACUGCUGGAGUAAACACGCCCUCAAGGGUGAAGACGAGGGGGCUAUGAUACCGCGGUCAUGCACGUGUCCGAGUUGCUACAGCGAGAUUCAAUGGGGUGACAUGAUGAAGGAGUUGACACUUCGGGUACGGGGACCAAAGGAGGUGGAAAAAUUGCUGAAAAAGCCACGGCGAACAAGGAAGGCUGCUGUAUCUUGA